UGUCCACGAGGUUGUAUUUUGUUUGUGUAUGAUACAAAUCUUCCUUUUUCGAAGGCAUUAUUUGGACAGAACACGGCUUAAACUCCCUUACACUACGGUAUUUUGAUACCAAUAUUGUGUGAUGAAGUCCCAAUGUAAUUCAUAUUCAUAUUUGUGAACUUACUCCAGUCGAACCGUUGAAUCCAUUCAUCCGUGACGAAGACCCGUUGGAUGUGUCGUUCAUAUAUAUGUCAAAGAAAUACUGCAGCUUUUAGUAAUGGGCAACAAUUUAAAGGCUUUACAGACAGCCAAGGCGUUGACCAAAAAGAUAUCCUCGAAUGAACCUUAUUUGGCAACGAAUGGUGGAAAAGAUCUUGAAAUAUCUCGGCGUUCAAACUCGAGGCCAUCCUUGUCACCGACGUCUGCCGGCGUUACGCAGAAGUCAAACACUGACGGAAGUGAACCCAGUGGUAAGGAUCUGAUGAGCCAUUAUGUGCUGCAAAACGGUUCUUCAAAGAUGAACCAGAAUAAUACGGACUCCUUUGUAUACUACUUGCCUCAAGCUAAUGGUAUUUACUCACAACCUCAAGAUGAAACUAUGACGGAUAGAGUCCAUGGUCAGCGGCAUAUUAAUGAAACUAGUAGGGUGGUUACAUUACAAGGUAACAACAAGACUGGCACCAUCCCAAGGCAAGACGGAAAAGCAGUGCCCGUCGUCGUUGAUUUAACUCUAGAUGAUAGCGAUGAUGAACUUGACCUGGCCCCUUCACAAACUGAAAACACAUUCCCCAAGAUCUUGGCUGCGUACAGUUUAACUGAAAAUACACCAUUUGCUGACUUGUCUAAUUUACUUAACCAUAAAGCGAAAGACAGUCAAAUCAAAGAUAAUAACAUUGUAGUGGAUUCGCUCGUUUUAAAAGCUGCAAAAAGCAAUGGAUUAUUCAUCGAUUCUCAGCCUUUGAACUCAACAAAACCUGUAGAUACAGUAAAACAAUUUACUUUGAAUGGCCCUUCUACGCUCCCCUCGGCCAAGCCAACGGUUUCUCAAGUAAAUGCUGUGAAGUCUAGACCAAAUGGAUUAGUUUUUGACAAUAGAACGAAAACUUUAGAAUCUCAAAGUCAGAACCCAAGAACGUCUCUUGCAAAUGGUCUUCCAACUUAUUCAAACAAUAUCACUAAAGACUUAACCAAUCAGGCUCUUGUCGAAAGCAAGAGAAAUGAUGUAGUACAUGACGUCACAAAUACACGUAACUCUCAAAACUAUGAGUAUAGACCACUAUUGUUUUCAUCACGUCCAGCGCCGACCACGCCCAGUGAUGGCGAUGAUAAUGUCGUCAUAACCAAGGUGAUAUCACCAACAACUGACAUCACAAAAGAUCGCCGGAAACAUCGUAGGAAAGCGCCCAUUGAAGUUAGACAGUGGUGUUUUGAAGAACAGAAUAACCAAUUUAGUAAUCCGACUCUAAAUAAAAAUAGUCAGUCGAAUUCAAUAACACAUUCUUUAGAUGAACUAGAACAUAGCCCUACCGAAAAGCAACAAAGAAAUAGUCCAAACAACAUUCACAGAGAAGCAAAAAUUAGAACUUUGAAAAACUUGCUAGCGAAACAAGAGAAAGCAGUUAAGAAAAUAAGAACAAUAGAUAGUAACAAUUCUCCUGUUGUAUCUGCUGACCGAAUGCUGGUAGUAGAAAUUCCGGAUUUAAAGUCGGAACUUCGUAUACCAAGUCCAGGAAAGCACAGUUUCCGAGUAAGUUCUCAUACUAUCUCUAUCAGUCCAAAAGGUGACAAUUCGCAUCGAAAAAGGCCACGAAAAAGAGACCCUCGUAAAAUCACUCGAGAGGACCAUCGUUACCCUAGCUACGUGGAAGCCUCGGAUGACGAAGAUUUCGUGGCUUCAAAAAGGUUGAAAGGUAAACCGAAAGCAGGUCGGAAAUCGCGUGGGAGAAACUCCCCAAAACUCGUUAACCAGAUCCCUGUCGUAUCGAAAGAUCUUUGGCAUCGAGAGCUUCAAAAGGUCGAAGAAGAGUUGGCAUUAUCGGGAGAACCAAUGGAUCAAAGCUCAUUUUUGAUGUUUUUAGGUUUAAGAAAAAUUUGAUUGACAAUUUGAAUAAGAUAUUUAUAUUUUUUGACGUUGAAGUUCGCAAGAAUUCUUUAUGAUCAAUUCAGUCAUUUAUACAGUUUCAUAAACUAUUACAGGGGUGUUUGCAGGGAGGGGUCCAGGCUUACCGAAAGCCCACCUUCUUUGGCAGACAAAGUCUUUGAAAUAUGGGACUUUAUUUACCAAAUAGGGUAACAUAUUUUCGUAUAGUCCAACAUUUGUUCUGUGUGAAUCCAAAACAAAACUCGUGCAAUUUUGCAGUCAGAUCGCCUUGUUCACAGUCUUAAAACCGGAAAAAAACUGGCGCCCCCCGUGAUGAAUCCCCCCACCACCCCUGCAUUAAUGAUUAUAAAUUUAUACAACAAUAGUAAACCAAAGCUGUUACAUGAUAUAUAUAAAUAAAUGCUAUGAUGGAUGUCAGACAUUCAACUUGCGGAGGUUCAAUUGAAUGCAAUAAAAAAUAAAAGUUAA